GCGCAACUUAGAAACUCGGUAUAUGCUUCUCUAAAAUAAGGACAACAAUCAACCUAUGUUUGUUUACAAAUGCAAGAUUCUUCGUCUUAUGUGAGAAGAUAUUCUCAAGUUCCUUCAUCAUCAGGCAUUCGUAAUUCGACAUUCGCAGAUAAUGGACUAGUGAGCGGACGAACAAGUUUAGCGCCUCAGCGUACACUUCUUCCAAUUCGUCCUUCUAUAGACGUGGAUGGAAUGACAAUGUCUUCUUCUCGACUUGCGACACCUUCUGUGAGACCCAGCUUGGCACCAGGAGUACGGAGGUCCAGCAUAAUGAAUCGAAGGAUGUCAAGUGCGUCUUUUAUGGGUCAAGCUACAUCUACGUCGAGCAUGAAGGAUCCGCGUCCAUUGACAGACAAACGAUACCAGCAGGAGUGUUCUGCUUAUGUAGUCAAUUUCUUACUAGAAUGCGGUUAUCCACAACCAUUGGCUCCUAAUAACAGGUUUUUACCUACUACAAAGGAGUUUGCUUCUAUAUUCAAAUUUUUAUACAAUAAGAUGGAUCCAAAAUUUCGGUUUGGGAAUCGUUACGAAGAAGAUGUUAUAAACUGCUUAAAGAAUUUGCGGUAUCCCUUCAUAGAUUCCAUAUCUCGAUCCCGGUUGGUAGCUAUAGGAACUCCUCAUAGCUGGCCUGCUAUUUUAGGAAUGCUGCAUUGGCUUGUAUGCUUGAUCCAGUGUACAGAGCAGGCUGUUGAUAUGGCUUAUUCGGUAGAAAAUGACACCCUAAAUGAUCACUUCGUCAAUAAAACGCUAUUUGACUACCUCGUUCGAAAGUACCAUUUAUUCUUACAGGCUUCUAUGGAUGAAGAACCAGAACAAGAAUUAAAGGCUUCAUUUGAAGAACAAAACAAGGAAAUCAAUACUAAGAUUCAAUUGCUACAACAGGAAAAUGAUGAGUUAUUAAAGCAAAAGCAAGCAGCUGGUGAUUUAGACUCUACCAUCGAGCUUUUAGAGGAAAGAUUCAAAACCAUGCAACGGGAUGAAGUUAAGCUUCAAUCUUUUAUGUCCUCAAUUCAAUCGAGAAUGGAAUCCAAGACAACUUUAAAGAAGCAAAUUCAGCUGAGUCUUAGCGAAAAAGAAGCACAGUUACAUGAGCUGAAUGAGAAGAAGAAGUCUUUAAAAUCAAGGGUAGAUAUGCAAUCGGUAUCAACGGUUGAAUAUCAAAAAAUGGUAUCUGAGCAAGAACAAUUGGAUCGAAACAUAAAUUCAAUUGGCAAUAGAAUAACUGAGCUGAGAAAAGAAGUUUUUGACAAAGAUCUUUUAGUGCAAUCAAAAAUCGAUACUAUUGAAAAGGAAUGUCAAAGAUAUAGUAAUUUGGCUUAUCGGAUCGGGAUAAUUCCUUCAACUGCCCUUCGUGCUAGAAACGGUAAUUUCGAGUUAAUUUUAGAUCCAGAAACUGGAUCCAUAAAUCUUGAUUUAAAGAAUAACGUACGUCCUUUCUUAAAUCAAGUUCGUCAUUCAAUAACUAUGGAAUUUCAUGAGGAGCAAAACAAAUCCCUAAAAGUCCAAGAAGUACUAGACGCGUUAAAUGACUCUGUCGCAGAACUACAAGAUGAAUUGAACACUAUCGAGUCCCGUUUAAACGCUGUAGUCAAAGAAUGUACUAUGCUACGUGAAUCAGCAAACCAGGAAAAGACCUCUUUAAAUGCGGAAUCUCAAAAACUAGAGCAUGACUUACAGCAACUUAAACUUUCGUCUCAUAACAGCAUGUUGCAACUGGAUCAGCGAAUCCAAACUAUAACCAUUGAGGCGGAUCAACUGGCUCACGCAUGCAUGGAAUAUAAAAAUGGCAUUUACAAAGAAGUCGCUUAUAUGCUCAGUGAAAUUAUACAGUUUAAACUGUAUAUUCAAGAUAGCCUAGAGGGUCUCGAGAUAGACUAUAUGAAAGAAUUCGAAGAAUUACGGUCAAAAAUUGUGUAGACCUUCUCCUUCAUUUUACGAUUUUGGUUACGAUCCUAAUAUUUCAUAAUUCGUUCAUUUGGCUAAAUCGCUUGGUUUUUUUUGUUCUUGUAUUUCUUAUAAUCCUUUUUAUUCGUGCAUAUCAUGCCAUCUUUUUGACGUUGAACAUAAGCUAGUUUCUUACUUGUAGGCUGGUGAUAUUUGACUACCUGUGUACUAUAAUGCCGUUAUAGUCUUUCUUAAUAAAAAAUUAAAUAACUAUUGUAUCCUA